AUGACCCGGCGACUAUGGCCUACGUGGCUACAAUAUGUGGCUGUGAUGAUGGCUCUUUCUGCCGCGACAUGUGGUAAUGGUGUCCAAAAUGCGACUGGGUGGCACGGAGGCACCAUCUCGUCUCGGGACAAUGGCCUGGCGCGAUCUCCGUGGCAAGCAGAGGCAGCAUUAUUCCAGUAUCCGACGUGCAUCGCGAAUGAUGCAGGGACACAAAAUGCGCAGUCAGAUCGUCAUCGAAGACAUCCGAAUUUAGCUCAGCCAGUGGUCAAGAAUGAGACCGGCGCCGUGACAGGCACGGGGUCUGCUGGCGUGACAGCAGAGACGCCAUCAUCUGCCGGCGGACCCGAGUCGGACUCCGAUGCAGAAACAGACUCCCUCCUCGACAGCUCGAGCUUCUUGUCCUUUGAGGAUUGGAAGAAGCAGAAUCUGGCGAAAGUCGGCCAGUCGGUCGACAAUGUUGGCGGUAGCAGACGCGCGACAGCCGUGGGCAAAGAAGGCCGGCGACAACCUGGCAUCAACAAUGCGCUAGACUCCUUGGGAGACGACGCGGAGAUUGAACUCGACUUUGUCGGAUUCGUUGCAGAGUCACCCGAGGCGAGUCCGACGGCGUGGGGAACACCUAUCCCAUCACAGUCAGCAGCACCGGCGAAGACUGAAGACAACGGAGAUGCUCUCACUCUGAGCCCACCGCAACCUGACAGAUCACGGCGCAAAGACGCAGGUACCACAUGUAAAGAGCGAUUUAAUUAUGCGUCAUUCGAUUGCGCGGCAACGGUGCUUAAGACCAAUCCCGAAUGCAAAGGGUCAUCGGCUGUGCUCGUGGAGAACAAGGAUAGUUAUAUGCUGAAUGAGUGUCGAGCAAACAACAAGUUCCUCAUUCUAGAACUUUGUGACGAUAUUCUCGUUGACACCGUCGUUCUUGCCAAUUACGAGUUCUUCAGCUCCAUCUUCCACACGUUCCGCGUGAGCGUCUCGGACCGGUACCCCGCGAAACCGGACCAGUGGAAAGAGCUCGGCGUGUUUGAAGCCAGGAAUACCCGUGAAGUGCAGGCAUUUGCCGUGGAAAAUUCUUUGAUUUGGGCUCGGUAUUUGCGUGUUGAGUUCCUGACCCACUACGGCCAUGAAUUCUACUGCCCUAUCAGUCUCAUCCGAGUUCAUGGUACCACGAUGAUGGAGGAAUACAAGCACGAUGAGAGUGUGAGCCGAGGUGAGACCGAAUUCGACGAAGAGGUUAGUGAAAUCACAGAUGGCACUGAGCCUGUUGAUGCCCUGCCGUUUGAGGCUCCCAUGGAGGAGUUUGUCGCUGUGAGCUCGAGGCAGGAAGCCAGUAAUCAACUAUGUCCGAAUCCUCUCGCGGAGGUUCUGCUGCACCUUUCGGCAAAUGCAACGUUCUGUCCAGUGACUGGAAUCUGCGCAAUUACAGAAGAGACAUCAGAUCGCAGUGCGUCCCAUGUAGAAUCGGAUCGUCACAUUGAGAAGGCCGUGAAUGCCAGUUCUACAGCCGUGCCGGGAGAAGGGCCUUCCACCCCAUCCUCAAGGCCACUGCCCCCUCCGAAAGCACCAAAAGUACCCGACGGCCAGCAGAGGUCUGGUGCACAGCACAAGUCUGCAAUGUCGCCACCUAAGGUUACCGUGGCCGCACCAGAUCAUUCUACCCAGGAUCCCAAGACCGAAAACACCGGGAAAGCGACGACCUACAUUAAAGAUGAGCAAACCAAUGGCGUCAGUUCCGAACAAGCACGCCCGAGUUCAACUCAACCGCCCCCAUCUAUUCCUACUACGCAAGAAUCGUUCUUCAAAUCGGUUCACAAGCGACUGCAAAUGCUCGAGUCAAACUCGACGCUUUCACUGCUGUACAUUGAAGAGCAAUCUCGCAUACUUCGUGACGCCUUCAGCAAAGUUGAAAAGCGCCAGCUUGCCAAGACUUCUACAUUUCUGGAAAAUCUCAAUAGUACAGUACUCAAUGAAUUGAAGGAGUUCCGUGAGCAAUAUGAUCAUGUCUGGAAGUCCGUCGCCUUUGAGUUCGAGCAUCAGCGUGUUCGGUAUCACCAAGAAGUCCAGUCACUAAGCGGACAACUCGGUGUUUUGGCCGACGAACUUGUCUUUCAGAAGCGAGUCAUCAUGAUUCAAAGCAUCAUGGUACUGUGUUGCUUUGCUGUUGUUCUUUUCUCUCGUGGAUCGGUCGGCAAUUACAUGGAAUUCCCCCGUGUCCAGCGCAUGGUCGCGCGAUCCUACAGCUUGCGAUCCACAUCGCCACCUUUCGAGACCCCGACUGCGAGCCCCAGUUCUCCCCGAGCGCCUUCCUCCUACCAGGAGCAUCCUGUGCAUCGAAGGACACUCUCGGACAGCUCUAUGUCGCCAGAAGGUUCCAACAGCCCCGACGUAACUUACAUUCCACCGACGCCUCCAUCGGAAGUCACUCCGGAAUUCGCGGAAGUAGACGACGAGAAGCGUCGGAAACCUCCUUCUCCGGAGCUGAUGUCCGUGCCUACUUUGGGAUCUCCUCAUUUCCGAUCUCAUAGCACUCCGCCCGUACUAAAUUCACGAGCUUCGCAAUCAAGUCUGCGCGCCGAGGAUGAAGACGAGGACGUGAUGUACACAAGCUCGAGGGCUUCUGAUGCAAAUGAAAGAGAGAAUUGA